AUGCAUUCUAAAAAGGUAAAUUUAACCCUUUAUUUUUUCUUGAUUAAUGAUUCUUCAGAAUUUACCACCAUGUAUCAUCAUAGUCUUCGUCAAGAUGUUUUUAUAAAGGACGAGUACCAUUAUUUAAACGUUCCUAAAGUUGGAACAUUCACAGUGUAUGACAGCCUUGACUGCACCUUUGAAUGCCUCGGCAAUCCUUCCUGUUUGUCCUUCAACCUGGCAGCUUACAAAGGAGCAGAUGGAAAGUUGCGGUGUGAGUUGUUAUCCUCCGAAAAGUACAGCAAUCCCGAGGAGUAUAAAAGGAACGAGAGUUUUCAUCACUUUUCCAUCAAGGUGUGGUAAAUUCUUUGUAUAGAGUUUAAAGUAAGAUAUUUUUUAUAUAUCAGGUCUACGCGAUUUUAACUGAAUGUGUCUUGAAAUAUAAGAUACUUUCGUGUAAACGUAAAACUCGGCGUCGUAAUUCUUUAAAAAGGUUCUUUACAUAGAAUAUCAGCUAAGAAAUCGAACAGGAAGCGGUGUCUGAAGUGACUGACGAUAAGACUUCCGAGUUAUUCAGUCGAAUGUCACCGUCUCCCUUUUUUUCUUGCUUCAACAAUUAAACGCGGAACAAAAUUACAUUAAUGAAAAGAAGGCAUUUGACACCAUCAAAAUUUUUUAAUAUUAUUUCAGACUCCUUGCAUGUUAUCACCAUGUCAGUACGGAGGCGCCUGUGUAGCGAACUACAGGUAUCACACGUUUGACUGCCGUUGCAAGGAUGGGUUUCAUGGAGAAUUCUGUGAAGGUAAUUGCUGUACCACCGCCCUGUGCAUCAAUUCAAGGCAGCAUAAAUAGUAAAGCCGUCGUCCUUGAUAAUAUUUAAAGCCUAUUGUCAGGUGUGCAACGGGCCAACAAUCAUCUUUUGGCGUCUUUUUAACCUGCUUUGAAGCAUCGGCAGAUAAAUUUGUCAGUACUCUCAAAAGCACAUUUCUCUCAAGUCACCAUCUGGCCAAAAUGAACAAAACCGCCGCUGGCUGCUGUCAAAUUACUAAUUUGACAUGACCGUCAAAGCUUGAAUCGUCUUCUUUUCAAUAAAAACUGUUGACUCCCCCCCAAGUUUACCUGUCACUUUCUCUCAUCUCCGCCUCUUCUGCUUUUCUUCUUCCGUACUUUUCUACUGGCUUCAUUUUGGGGAAAAAAAUUUUAAACGAAAACUGAUGACGUCACAAGUGGUACAAGAAACGUGGCUAAAGAAACGAAUGGGUAGUUAAAGUGCCUGGAUGUAGUGUGAAUUUGUUAACCCAAACGUAGUUUACACCCCAAAGAUUACAGGUUAUUACUUAAGACGUGACCAGCAGUCUGUCUCACAUAAAAAGGCAAAGACCCGUAAAUGGAAAGUGGGUAACCUGUGGUUUAAUGGCUUCCUUGCAGGCGUUCCCCUCCUCCCUUCCGUUUCCCUUUGGAACGCCUGCCACGCAGGCUAUCUGUAUCACAUAAAAAGGCAAAGACCAGUAAAAGUGCCGUAACCUGUGGUUUGAAUUUUCUCUUGUCCUUUAUCCCUCCUCCUCCCUUUAUUAUCGGUUCUUGGUAAAGUGAGAGAAAAUCUAAGUUGAGUUUACGUUUCAAUUUUUUUUUCAGUUGCAAAGUCAUGUCAAGUCCUUUAUGAUCAGCUCAAGGAAAAGUGAGUAUCACGACUGAUUUAAAUAAUAAUAAAAUUAAAUAGAAACAAUAAAAUAUUGAUUCUCGAUGGGGCUGUUCCUACACCAUUAAAACAGCCACAAAUGCAAAAUAAAGGCUCGGAUAAAAAACACUUUAAAAAGGUUUAAAAUGGAUUGCAAUUGUGGGUUUUUGAAAACUUGUUAGCAUAGUACAGUUAUUCAAAAUUCAUUUUUGAAGUCUGUAAUGUUUAUGACCGUGAGGCAUAUUUAUUGGACAACAGAAUAGUUUUGUCAUUCACAGGUAAUUUCUUAUUGACUUAUUGAGUUCCAUAGCGCAAAAGACUCCUUUGCGCUAUGGAAGUCAAUAAGCCAAUAAAAAAAUUACUUUGAAAGAGUAAUUGGCAAUAUUUUAUAACAAAAUAAACUAGGCAAUCGUGACAGAGCUCUUUAAGUAACAUUCCCUUUGUUUAUUCGACAGUCAAGAUAUGGAAAAAAAAAAUAGAUUAAAUGAGAUUUCAUUUUGUAUAGGUUAAACGUGACUCGGUUGAUCACUCUUCUCCUUGAUUCCAAAAUAAUUCCCGUCCUCUGUCACAUGGGAGAUUUUGGAUGUGGAGAUGGUGGAUGGACACCGGUCAUGAAGAUGAACGGCAGCAAGGUAAACUUUUCAGUAGUUUGUUCCGGAACGACAGUGCAAAAAAAAAAGGUUAUCAAAUACCACGGACUUGAUUCUUUAAGGGGUAAUUCUCAAUAGGAGUCAGGAGUGCUAUUUAAAUGAUUUUUCUAAAAAUGUCCAACGGGCUUAUUGAGAACGCUUGAGAACGCUUGAGAACGCUUUGCACCUGAGGAAAACUUUUUUGGAAAAUGGCGUCCACGAUAAACGCCAGUCUCCUGCAGUUUUUAGACACUAUAAAGAACUGAGGUGGACAUUGUCAAGAACUUUUUACAUCGUAUUAGUAACGGAAGACUAUAGGGCCCUGCUUUCAGCGAAGUUCAGCGAAUUAAGAGCGUAUUAAACUUUAACCAGUGCACAACCUUUAUCUACAGUUAGUAUCCGGGGGUUGGCAUACAGAGUACUUACAUUGCUUAGCCGUGCCAAAACUGUUCAAAGGAUCAUCUGUUGCCUAGAAAUUUCUAAAGCUUGAGAAAGGCUGAAAAUUUCCGGAGAGUGUUCCACGCGUAAUUACUAUCAAAAAUUAUAUGCCCUAUUCUUACUAGUAAAAGUACACGAAGUUCAUUUACACAGCAAGAGCCUCAAACGAUGAUCCGAAGUAAUCUGAUCAUGAGACAAUGAGACAAACCACAGCAGGACUGUAGCGGGAUCCAACGUUUGUUGAUAAUUAAGAGUUUCGAAAUAUUUCUGCAACCCCAAAGUAAUGGAGCCUUACUAGAUGUACAGGCGAAAUAACCUUCCGACCAUACUUGAAUUAAAUCAUUCUUUACCUAUGAUGGAGACUGUUGUUCUUAACAAUUUUAUGACAGCAAACUUUUCACUUCGACGCCAGUCUCUGGAGCAACAAAGAAACCUUUAACCUUGACGGAGGGAAGACUGGGUUUGACUCGCAAGAGGCUAAACUACCUUCCUACUGGAACACAUCCUUCUCCAAGAUCUGCCUCGGUAUGAAGAUCGGCCAGCAGAUUAGGUUUAUUGUCAUCAACAAGGAGGCGAACUCCUUGUACUCUCUGAUCGCUGAUGGCCAAUACCGCAAGACCUCACUGGGUCGUGACAAGUGGAAGUCGCUGAUUGGUUCUGAGGCCUCUUUACAGGGGAAAUGUAACAGGGAAGGAUUUAAUGCCAAGAGUAACAAGCAGGAUGAAGGUAAAGAUAAGUCAAAAGCAAGAAUCGGUUUCCUCGGCAACAAUGAAGACGAUUGCAAUACGUGUGACUCUAGAAUCGGGUUUGGUACUGGUGGAUUGCAUGAUAACAAUAACACAUGUGGCAACGAGGCUAUGUAUUAUCCAGACAACGGCAACAAGCAUAUAAAGGGAAUAGGUUAUAUCUUGGUACAGUAA